CAGCUGGAGGAGUCACAGUGGACUAUAAGCUUCAGCAAAGCAGUGCGUUCCCCAGAGCGCGCGCGCACAGCCGUUUUUCCCAGCAGAGGAAUUUUUCUUCAUUCUGGAGUGCCGCUUUCACGAUGAGCAACGGACAGACCUAUGAGAAAAAAAUCGCGAGCAUUUUGACCGAUCUUCCUGGAUCUAUGAGUUGCCACCCGAACUCCAAGGACUCCCCUACUCUCCCCGAGUCCUCGGUGACGGACAUGGGCUACUACAGCGGACAGACGGCCCACGGCCACCACGAGUAUUAUCAGAGUCAGCCGUACGGACAGCCCAUGAACUCCUACCACCACCAGUUCAACCUAAACGGAAUGGGAGCCGCCGGAGCGUACCCCACCAAGUCUGAAUACCCCUACACGAACAGCUACAGACAGUACGGACAUUACAACAGAGAUCACCUGCAGGCCUCACCUCCGGGCUCAGUGAAAGAAGAACCAGAACCAGAGGUCCGCAUGGUGAAUGGAAAACCGAAGAAAAUCCGAAAGCCGAGGACGAUCUACUCCAGCUACCAGCUCGCGGCUCUGCAGAGGCGCUUCCAGAAGGCGCAGUACCUCGCGCUGCCCGAGAGAGCAGAGCUGGCGGCUCAGCUCGGCCUGACUCAGACACAGGUCAAGAUAUGGUUCCAGAACCGGAGAUCCAAGUUCAAGAAACUGUACAAAAACGGGGAGGUACCCUUGGACCACAGUCCCAACGCCAGCGACUCCAUGGCCUGCAACUCGCCGCCCUCCCCGGCUGUGUGGGACAACAGCACCCCCCAAAGCACCCCGAUCAGCCGACCUCAGGUGCCGCAGCCUGCGCACAGUUCCUCGCCGCCAUACCUGGAGGAUUAUAACAACCACUGGUACCAGCAGGGAUCCCAUCUACAGCACCCGGGCACCGUGCACCACACAGUCCCGCAGCAAAGCGUGGGAGCCGUUUAUUAACACUGACUUAAGAGCAAAUUUAUCGCAUAUUUUUCUUCCUUUUUUUCUUGUUUUUUUUUAAACGAGGUCUCCCCACAAUGACACUGCAAAGUAAAUGCCGACUGGACCCGGAGCUGGCCUGAGAUGAAAAGCUGUUUUUGGUUUUGGAUAAUCAAGAAUGUUUCAGAGCUGGGUUUCCAAUUCACAAAGCACAUAAGGGAUUUCUAAUCACUUUUGGCUGCAUAUUUAACGGACGUCUGGCGUGUUUUUUUAAAUUAUUUAUAGCUGUUGUAUGUAUACUGACCUUCUUUUGUAAAUGAUUAUGCAAAGUUUUUUUCUUUGUUUUUUUUUUUAAAACAAGUAGCUGAACACAAACCGAAUACUGACAAAACUGUGCAGGUGAUCCAUGCUGCAGUCAACUCGUGAGCGUGGGUUUGUAGAUAGCGUAAAAAACAAAAAAUAAAAAAACUCAGGACAUAUUUAUAUGGAUUUGUACAAAAAAUGUCGAAGGUUGUAAAUACGUGUUUAUAUCAGAACCACUAUGAUCGUAUUUGUUAACCCGGUUAGACCGCACCGAGGUGCUUUCCAGACCAUUUUAUAUUCAUGUACCUAGACAACUUGUUGCCUUUCUGUCAAAUGAAUAAAGGUGUUCAUUGUA